AUGGAAAAGGGCGAUGGCUCUGGGGGCCUUGAUGCCCAAGAUAAGCAAGUUGAAAUAUGGAAAGUGAAGAAGCUUGUCAAAUCACUGACUCUCGCUCGCGGAAAUGGGACGUCGAUGAUUUCCUUGGUGAUACCACCGCGUGAUCAGAUUUCACGAGUUGCUAAAAUGCUCGCCGAUGAAUACGGUACGGCUUCUAAUAUUAAAAGUCGUGUUAAUCGAUUAUCUGUUCUGGGCGCGAUAACUAGUACACAGCAACGUCUCAAGUUGUAUUCUCGAGUGCCGCUGAACGGUCUGGUCGUCUACUGUGGUACUAUAAUGACAGACGAGGGAAAGGAGAGACGCGUUAAUAUCGAUUUUGAACCGUUUAAACCAAUAAACACAUCAUUAUACCUGUGUGAUAACAAAUUCCACACUGAAGCCCUCGAUGAGCUCUUAGAGGAUGACGACAAGUUUGGGUUCAUAAUCAUGGAUGGUAAUGGAUCCCUCUACGGUACUCUUCAAGGGAACAAUCGCGAGGUCCUCCACAAAUUUUCGGUUGAUCUACCCAAGAAGCAUGGGCGAGGGGGGCAAUCUGCAUUGCGGUUCGCGAGGCUGCGAAUGGAGAAGCGUCACAACUAUGUCCGCAAGGUAGCUGAGCUUGCUGUCCAAAUGUUUAUUUCGGCUGACAAGCCCAAUGUUGCGGGGCUCGUGUUGGCCGGGUCUGCUGAUUUCAAAAGUGAGCUUCACACUUCCGAUAUGUUUGAUCAACGAUUGGCGCGCGUCGUAAUUAAGACGGUCGAUGUGAGCUAUGGUGGAGAGAUUGGCUUCAACCAGGCUAUCGAGCUCUCUGCUGAAACUCUCGGUUCUGUUAAACUCGUACAAGAGAAGCGGCUUUUGCAGAAGUAUUUUGAUGAGAUCUCACAAGAUACAGGAAAGUACUGCUUCAUGGUUGAGGACACGCUUAAAGCACUGGAACUUGGUGCUGUCGAAACUCUCGUAGUCUGGGAAAAUCUCGACAUAGACCGUCUUACGCUGCGCAAUCACGCUGCUGGUGAAGAUAAGGUGCUGCACCUCUCCAAAGAGCAGCAGGCGCACGAGGAAUAUUUUCAUGAUGCGGCAUCUGGUGUUGAACUAGAAGUCACUGAGAAAGUUUCCCUGGUUGAGUUUCUUGCGAACAAUUACAAGUCUUUCGGAACGACGCUUGAGUUUGUCACAAAUCGAUCACAGGAGGGUUCUCAGUUUUGCCGCGGCUUUGGUGGUAUUGGUGGCAUACUGCGCUGGCGUGUUGAUUUCUUGGAGAUGGAGAUGGCAGAAGAGAGUGCUGCUGAGAUGUAG